GUAUUUUGCGAGCAAACGAAUAAUUUAUUGGAUAUUCACGAAACGAAGCGAAAAAAUCAAAAUGAGGCACCGAAUUCGAAAGUUGCACCAACUAAUCAAAUCGACGAAACCACCAUGAACAGUCGUUCACCACUGAAAGGUACUAAGGAGAAUUUUAAGUAUUCAUCGUCGUCGCCAACUUUAGCUGAACCAUUGUUCGAAAUAGAAAAAGGUGCAUCGUCCAGCGGAUCAUCGACACUCUCUCAUUCAGCAUCGAAUCCAUCAUUCGUCUCUUCGUCACCGCCACAACAACGACAAAAAAGUACAAUGGAAAAAACGAAUGAAAUGUAUCAAUUGAAGAAUUAUAACGACGUAGCGGAAGCGUUGACACUUUUUCAGAAUGAUGAACUGGUUGUUGAACCUGGCAAUUUUUAUUAUUCAACUCAUGGUUUCACGUUACUAAGUGCAGUUAUGGAAAAGGUCGCAGGUCAACCAUUUAAAACACAACUUCUAAAUUUUUUUAGGGAAAUUGGUAUGAACCAUUCUUAUGUUGAUGAGAAUCAACCAAUAAUAUCUAAACGCUGCAGGUAUUACGAGUUUGAUAAAGUGAAGCAAAAACUGGUAAAUGCUCCCGAAGUUAACAAUUCCUAUAAAUUAGCUGGCGGUGGAAUUCUAUCGAAUGUUAGAGACUUACUUCUCUUUGCAAAUGCCAUCCUCUAUAGCUAUAAAUAUUCGGACGAUUUAAAAAUGCCGAAAGGACUGCUCAAAUCUUCAACUAUCAAAUCGAUGUGGCAAUACAAUUUAACAAAAAAUUAUAAAAAACAAAAGAGUUAUUAUGGCCUUGGAUGGCGCAUUGUUCCAAGCUCAAAGACAAUCGGAGGAAAUACGGAAUGUUUUAAGCGCAGCGGCUGUUAUUUACAUACUGGUUCAGCAGUUGGUGCAAAUUCAAUUUUACUUAUCAAACCUUACCCGGACGACACUUCAAACGCUUAUGGCUCUUGUAUUGUUAUUUUAGUGAAUCGUAGUUCUUUUGCGGAAUCGCUUGAAGAUCUGGCAUUUGACAUACUCGAAACUCUUGAAUUUGAUUCCAGUAUUAUCCGAAGAGGAUAUUUUUUUAUUUAG